UUUCUUUUUGAGUUUUUCUUCACAUCAUGCACAUAAACUCCACAAGAUACUGUGCGUGUACUUUACAAGGAUGAAAUCUUAUUCAUACAAGGCAUUACUUUCAAAAAAUGGAACUCAUUUAUUGACAGACUGCUUUUGCUGCUAAGGGUAUCCAGAGAAGAUGUCUAAUAUAUUUAGGAAGUUAUUGGGAAACAGUGGGGCGCCUGAUGGGGGAAAAGGGGGCCCCAUUAAGGGGAACACACCAUCAGGAAUGCAGCUAAUGGGAGCUCAACUGCAAAGAAAGUUUGCCAAAGGAGUCCAGUACAAUAUGAAAAUAGUGAUCCGAGGAGACAGGACUGUGGGCAAGUCAUGUCUGUUUUAUCGUUUACAAGGACAGAAAUUUCAUGAAGAAUACAUCCCCACUGACGAAAUUCAGGUUUGCUGCAUUCAGUGGAAUUACAAGACGACAGAUGAUGUGGUCAAAGUGGAAGUAUGGGACGUUGUAGAUAAAGGAAAGAAACGGAAGAAAAUGGAUGGACUUAAACUCAGUAAUGAAGAGGAAUCUGAUGAGCCUAGCUUAGAUGCUGAAUUCAUAGAUGUGUAUAAAGGAACCCAUGGAGUUAUCCUUAUGUAUGACAUAACAAAACAAUGGACCUUUAAUUAUGUGGAGAAGGAAAUGGAGAAAAUCCCGGUUCACAUUCCUGUCCUAGUGCUGGGAAACCAUCGAGAUAUGGGGCAUCAUCGCACAGUGCUGGAAGAUAAGGCCCGCUAUUUCUGUAUGCAUUAUGAAAG